AUAUUAUAUGUGUAAUAUUUUUUUAUUUUGAAGGUGCUUUAGUGUGCGCCGUGACAGUGUUUGGUUGUAAUGAUAUAGACACGUCAGCUUGUGAACAGAUGUUUAAACAACGACCUAAUCUUUGUUCGGACCAAACAAUUGCUAAAACUGCGUGUCCUGCUUUUUGUAAACUUUGUCCCAUUGUAUGUUAUCAUUGUAAUGGAACAGUACUGGACACGGAUCAUUGUAAGACAGUAAAAACAUGUCCAGAAGGAUUCGUGUGCAUGAGAAAAGAACUAAAAUCUAUUUAUGACGGACAUCAUGAAUAUGAGUUGACAUGCGCAGAUAAACAGGAAUGUGACCAUCCAUUAAACGCCGGAGUGUUCGGGAAAAGACAUGUGAAAUCACGUGAUUUAACAGUUACAUGUUGUAUGGAAGACCGUUGUAACCAUCUUGCACCACAGACACCAAAACCUAUAACGCGUAAUGUAUUUUACCCCUAGUUUUCUCUUCUGAUG